CAACGCCACUGCCUAUUCGUCUGGACUAUAAAUACCUUGUUCACCCGCCCUGGCGCAUUUUCUCGCUCUCUCUGCCACUCCCUCCUAUCGUCAUGCGUGAGAUCGUCCACAUCCAGGCUGGUCAAUGCGGAAACCAAAUAGGCGCUAAGUUCUGGGAAGUCAUAUCUGAUGAACACGGAAUUGACCCUACCGGAACUUACCAUGGCGACUCUGACCUACAACUAGAGCGCAUCAACGUUUACUAUAACGAGGCUACCGGUGGCAAGUAUGUCCCCCGUGCCGUUCUCGUUGAUCUCGAGCCCGGCACAAUGGACUCAGUCAGGGCCGGUCCCUUUGGGCAACUUUUCCGCCCAGACAACUUUGUUUUUGGCCAGAGUGGCGCGGGAAAUAACUGGGCUAAGGGCCAUUACACAGAGGGCGCCGAGCUCGUUGACUCAGUCCUUGACGUUGUCCGAAAAGAAUCAGAGUCCUGUGACUGCCUUCAGGGUUUCCAGCUCACCCACUCUCUUGGUGGUGGCACCGGAUCUGGUAUGGGGACUCUCUUAAUAUCUAAGAUCCGCGAGGAAUACCCAGACAGAAUUAUGAACACCUUCUCUGUCGUCCCCUCCCCUAAGGUCUCCGAUACCGUCGUAGAACCCUACAACGCAACCUUAUCAGUCCACCAGCUCGUCGAAAAUACAGACGAAACCUACUGCAUUGACAACGAGGCUCUUUACGACAUCUGCUUCCGUACUCUCAAGCUUACCACCCCCACGUACGGCGACUUGAACCAUCUGGUGAGCGCCACCAUGUCUGGUGUAACCACCUGUCUGCGAUUCCCUGGGCAGCUUAACGCCGAUCUCAGGAAAUUGGCGGUCAAC